AUGUGUAAAAAGAAGAAUCAUUUUGCAGAGAAAUGUCCUAUGAAACGGUCAUUAGAAAAACUGAAAUCGCACUUUGCUCGCUAUGGUUGUCCCUGCAUCGUUGUAAGUGACAAUGGACCUCAGUUCAUCUCUACAUCAUUCGCAAACUUCUCCAAAGAAUGGGAUUUUGAACAUCGAACCACUAGUCCCUACAACAGCAGAGCUAAUGGAAAAGCAGAGUCUGCUGUCAAGACUGCCAAAUCUCUCCUGAGAAAGAACAAAGAACAAGACCAGUUUCUUGCAUUGCUCAACUACCGCAACACUCCUACCCAGGCGACAGGAACAAGUCCUGUACAACGAUUCUUCAACAGAAGAACCAGAACUCUGCUUCCUACCUCACAGAAUCUUCUCAAACCAUUAAUCAACAUAGAAAAUGAAAGAAUGAAGCUACAUGAUCAGCAGAAAAAACAAGCAAGACUGUACAACAAAAACGCCAAAGAUUUAUCUCCCUUAGAAGAAGGUGACAUUGUACGUCUGAAACCUUUUCAGAUCGGUGAGAAGAAGUGGGCAAAAGAUCUAGUUAAAAAUCGCCUUGAUGAACGCUCCUAUGAAGUCGCGGUUGGAGAUGCCAUCUACAGUCGCAACCGUGUACAUCUGAAGAAAACUUCAGAACCUCCACCAUCGGAACCUUCGUGCAUGGAACCUACCGGAAUAACCAACAGUAAUAAUUCUAAAGGACUUCCUGUGACACACGAAACUGUUAUUAGUCCAACUGUGAAGAGUCCAUGCAAACCUUCCAGUCCUGCAAAGAUCGGAUGUACGCGAUCUGGACGUGUUGUGAAAACUCCAGCAUGA